UCGCGGCAGGCUGAGGGCGUCCGGGCAGUUCGCGAUGGCCGCGGCUGGUUCCGCUGCCGUGUCAGGGGCCGGGACCCCAGUGGCGGGGCACACAGGCAGCGACCUCUUUGCCGAGGGGCUCCUGGAGAUCCUGCGACCCGCCGUGCAACAGCUCGACUGUCACGUGCACGCGGUCAGAGAAAGCCAAGUAGAGCUCCGGGAACAAACUGACAACCUAGCUACAGAACUGUGCCGGAUCAAUGAGGAUCAGAAGGUGGCCCUGGAUCUGGACCCUUAUGUUAAGAAGCUGCUUAAUGCCAGGCGACGAGUUGUCUUGGUCAACAAUAUUUUACAGAAUGCACAGGAACAACUGAGGCGGUUAAACCACUGUGUGGCCAAGGAAACAGCUCGCAGGAGAGCCAUGCUGGAUUCAGGAGUUUACCUUCCUGGUUCUCCAAGCAAAUAAACACAAACCCUGUGACCUGAGUGCACAGUACCUUUCUCCAACGGCUUUGUCUGGUAGACAUGAGAAGAUCCCAGAGAGUCUCUACA